AUGACGACCUCGACGACCACGACGACCACACCUCAAGUACCUGAUCUGACCUCGCUGCUGCGGACAUGGUACCCGGCCGAGUUGUUCUCGCCUGCGCCGCCAGCCUCAGCCUCAGCCUCAGCCUCAGCCUCGACCUCGACCUCGACCUCGACCUCGACCUCGACCUCGACCUCGACUGCUGCGAGUGGGGGUUCCCCACCCCGUCCUCGUCCGUUCGUGACCCUGACGUAUGCCCAAUCAAUCGACGCCAAGAUCGCAGGACCAGGCGGGACUCAGAUCAGGCUCAGUGGAGAAGAGAGCAUGUACCUCACCCAUGCGUACGUCCACGAAGCCACGAAGCCCGCUUGGCUGUUUUUGACAUUGCUCCCUGGAUCUGACGUCAAUCUGAACCCGGCGCGGUGCUCUACAGCUUACGGGCCUUGCACGACUCCAUCUUGGUUGGCGUGGGGACGGUCAUGUCUGAUGAUCCGCAGUUGAAUGGUGCGUGUUUUGUCGUGCAAGGCAUGCUGUCUGCCUAAGGACCGACUCCCGUGGCUCAAUCACGUGCUUUGUCGAUCAACUCCAACAGCGCGACUCCCCCUCCCCCUCCCCAUCGAACAACAACCCCGACCCCUCAUCCUCGACCCGAAUCUCAAGUCACCCACGACGUGCAAGCUGAUCCGCAACCAUCGGAAUGGGACCAUGCCUCGACCCACCUUUUUCUGCUCCGAGGAAUCGACUUUGACGAACGAUCGCAGGCAGGGGUUCGAAGCGGCUGGGGCGCGGGUCGAGAAUCUCCCACUUCAGGGUGAGGGAAAAGAGCACAUCUCCACAAAAAGCGACAGAAUCCGGCUGAUAGGUUGCACCAUCUCGGGAACUCAACAGCCACCUCACGCCUCUCCCUUACUGCGCUUCUCGCGCGCCAGGACCUGCUCGGUCGUUCCCUGAUGGUCGAGGGAGGCGCCAGCGUCAUCACCGCCUUUCUUGAAUCUGGUCUUGUCGAUCUGUUGAUCAUCACCGUUGCUCCGACCAUCGUUGGCGAGGGGAUUUGUGCGGUUCGACAAGGGGUCAGUCUUGAAAGAGCGGACUCGAACGGACCGGACCGUGCUAAUAGCUAUCGCUUCUACGGUUUGCAUUCACUUUCUAGAACUUGCCGCCCGAUUUGGAAUCUGUUGAAACGAGGGUCUUUGGCAAGGAUACGGUCAUUGUCGCUCGACCCAAGAGAUAG